AUGCCCCCCAGAGCAGCGAAGCGCAAGUCCGACGUCGUGGACUCCGACUCCGAUUACGACGGCAUCGAGGUCGUAGAGGAAGCCGCAGCCCCUCCUGCGAAGAAGAGGGCGCGCAAGACGAAGGAGAAGGACGCGGAAGACGGUGGGGACAAGCCCAAGCGCUGGCAGGACGUGAAGCUGGAGGGCGAGGAUGAGGACAUGGUCCCCGUGUACGACGACUGCGCUGAGGUGCGCCGCAAGAUCAGGCUGCUCGAGAAGACUCCCGGUUUCGUGAGGGCCCAAUGGCUGAGGGAGAUUGGUAACGUCAACAGCAACUCAUUCGGCCGCUUCAUGGCCUCGAAGGAGCGCGACGCCGGUGGAGGCAACUCGACUUACCCCAAAGCCUACAUCUACUUCGAGAAGAUGCGCAUCCUGGAGGGGAAGAAGAAGACCGCGAGCCGCCUCCGCAACGAGGAGACGCAUCCCAACGGCUUCCCUCUCGAGAACCGCCGCACCCACAUGUGGGUCUUCACUGGCAAGCCUGGUCCGAGUCGCCGUCGCCGCUGA